GGACGUGUAGUGGUAAAACAAGCUGGCACGUCUGUAUCUGGUCGUAAUCGAUUCGUUCGGCCGAAUAAAACCCCAAAAAAAACAAACAUUUCUUUUUUACCUUUUUCUCUGUUUUAUUUAUUCAAAUCAAAACGCAAAAUCCAAUUCCGAUUUCAACCACAAGAACCCUAAUUCAAGGACGAGUAAGGAAGUUGAGAGAAACAAAAAAAAAGUUCUGAGUUUUGCAAGCGGUUAAUCCUCAAGGGAAGUAAAGGGUUGGAUCAGCUUUUUUUUGCUUAUUGUGGGAGUUUCACUAAGCAGUUGGGAAGAAACUUAGUCUAGAAUGGAUCAAUUUAUUUCAGAAGAACAAGAUCUUGAAGCUGGUAUUAUAGCUCAAGAAUCCCCAUCAGUUAAUAGUGUUUCAGGCAAUGCUGAACGUGUUAACUUUGGUGUCUCUGAAAAGAUUGAUGAUGAUGAUUUAAACUAUCCGUUAAUGGGAAACGAGAAUCCAAACAGUCAAAGUUUAGAUCUUUCUGAGAGAAAACGAAAUGAUAUUGUAAAAAAGGAUAAGAAGUCAAGAAAGGCUUCAAAGCCACCAAGACCUCCCAAAGGCCCUUCUUUCACUGCAAAUGACCAUAAAGUGAUGAAGGAAAUAGCAGAGCUUGCUAUGAGAAAGCGUGCAAGGAUUGAAAGGAUGAGAAAUUCCCUAAGAAGACUUAAAGCAGCCAAGUCAUCAUCAUCCCCUUAUUCGUGCAUUAGCAUCUUCUUCGUGAUUGUAACGGUUCUGUUCUUCGGCUUUCUAGUCUUUCAAGGAUUGUUUGCAGGCAAUAUGACUAUGAGUUCAGACAACACACCUGCGCCAGUUGGUUCACCUAACAACCAACUGAUCUCAGUUCAGUUCUACAAUGAGUUUGCUCCCGUUGAGCAAACCGAUCCCAGCCCAACCACCUCGUACAGAUACACGAGGAAGAGAAUCUCGGGUGCAGAAGAAGACUAGAGACAGAGAGAGGUCAUGUCACCAGAAUAGUUUUCUGUGUUUGGUCUCUUUGGUUCAAGUUUUGUUCUGUCCUCUUGUCCCCUUGUAUAUUUGUUCUGUAACUAACUUGUCCCUUACUUUCUCUUUGUCUAGUUUUGUAAACGACUGCGUUUUGAAUAAUGUAAGUUGAACCAUCAAUCUAGCUUUAUGCGUGUCUAAAUAAUGAUGAUGAUGUAAGUUGAGCUAUCAAACUAGCUAAUGCGUUCUUAAUAACGAUGAUGAUGUAAGUUGAACUAUCAAACUACAGCUUGG